GAUACGGCAUCGUUUCACUCACUAAUCCCACCCCCUCCCCUCCCCCCCUUUUCCCCGUGAAUUUUCUCUGCUCUGUUUGCAGUGCGGAACCCUAGAAGCAACAAUUAACUCAACAUGGCCAUAGCAAGAACCGGUGUUUACGUCGACGACUAUUUGGAGUAUUCGAGUACGUUACCCGCGGAGCUUCAGAGAUUGCUCAAUACUAUUCGAGAACUGGAUGACCGAUCCCAAGCAAUGAUAAACCAGACAAGGCAGCAAACCAAGUACUGUUUGGGAUUGGCAUCUCAAGGAUAUGGGGGCUUAUUCUCUAAGAAAUAUGGUGUCAACAGCGAUGAAGACAAUGAAACAUUUGAAAAGCUUCAAAAAGAUAUUGAGGCCAACCAGGACAGUGCACUCGGUCUCUGCACUGAAAAGGUUCUAUUGGCCCGACAAGCAUAUGAUCUUAUAGAUAGCCACAUAAAACGACUUGAUGAGGAUCUGAACUACUUUGCAGAAGAUCUGAAACAAGAAGGAAAAUUAGCACCAGAUGAUCCAGUUGUACUACCUCCAUUACCUUUAGUUCCCAAAAAUGAAAAACGCAAAUAUCUUUAUGGAACUCCUCAGUCAAAGAGGUUUGACUACAGGGAUCGGGAUUGGGACAGGGAGCGUGAUAGAGAUUUUGAGCUUAUGCCUCCUCCGGGGAGCCUUAAAAAGGAUUUUUCUUCACCUGUCGAGCUUGAUCAACCUAUUGAUCCAAAUGAACCUACCUACUGCGUCUGUCAUCAGGUAUCUUUUGGUGAUAUGAUUGCUUGCGACAAUGAAAAUUGCCAAGGGGGCGAAUGGUUUCAUUAUGCUUGUGUUGGCUUGACACCAGAGACGAGAUUUAAAGGAAAGUGGUAUUGCCCAACUUGUAGAUAAUUACCACACUGAUACUUCCUCCUUUAGAGAGGCAACAACUGAAGAGACAAAGAAAGCUCUGAUUGAAGGAUUGACAUUUGAAAUUGCUUCUUGGAGGAACUGGAGUAAAUUCUGUAGAAUUUAUUGUCUGAAAACAAUUGCUUGGAGCAGUUCUUUUGAUUGUCAUUACAAAUGGUUUUAAUUCUUUGUGAUGUGUGCCAAUUGAGAGCUGUAAUGUUCAGUUGAGAUUAUUUCGACAAUUAUGCUAUCAAAAACUUGCGAUAAGAGUGAAUUUGCAACCUCUAAGCUUUCUGAGCUAUGGACUUUAUUAA